AUGGGGGGCACAAUGCGCUUAGGGUCAAGGAGGACUCACUUUCAGGUUCCUGAUUGCAAGUCUGCCAAGUUGUACGGUAAUGCAAAGUUUGUUGAAGAGCGACACCGUCACAGAUAUGAGGUAAAUCCAGAUAUGAUAUCAGAAAUUGAGAAUGCUUGGCUCUCAUUUGUUGGGAAGGAUGAGACUGGGCGUCGUAUGGAGAUUGUGGAACUACAAAACCAUCCAUACUUUGUGGGUGUACAGUUCCAUCCUGAGUUUAAGUCAAGACCUGGAAAACCUUCAGCAUUAUUUCUUGGUCUUAUAGCAGCAGCUUCUGGUUGUCUAGAAGCAGUUCUGCAAGCAAGCAGCAAUGUGAACAAAGUUUCUACUAAUAGAGUUCCCAAUGGACCAGCAAUUGGGAAAGUUUACCAGAACGGUAAUGUGUAUAGCAAUGGGAACGGUUUACAUCACUGA